UGACUUCAGAUGUAACCAGACAUCAACAGCUUCACAGCUUUACUGGACACUUGUCACCUCAGAUUUACUGCAGUAACAACAUCUCAUUGCUUUCCAGUGACAGCUUUAUUUUCCUUCAGCAUGGGUGGUGGAAAGUCAAAACCAGAGCCCCCACCUCCUACUUUUGAUAAACCAUGGAGAAACGUACCAUGGGGGAAAAGAAAGGAAGACCUUGAUUAUGUGAAAAAGUUCAAGCCUCGUUCAGAAGCUCAACAUCUCAGAAUUCUGCAGCAUGGACCACCAGGCGCGGGAAAGUCCAGCUUCCUCAACUCUGUUGACAGCACUCUACGAGGGAGAAUUGCAACUCGAGCUUUGGCAGCAACUAACUAUGAUGGCAGCUUUACCAAACAGCAUAAAAGUUAUAAAAUCAAGAACGAAGAUCCUGGAACCUUUUAUCCCUUCAUCUUCAGUGACACCAUGGGCAUUGAGAAGAGCGACACAGGAGGGGUACAUAUCGAAGACAUCAAACUGAUCUUAAAAGGAAAGAUCAAAGAAGGAUACAAGUUCAACCCUGGCUGUCCCCUGUCUGAGACUGACCCCUUCUACAACGGUACACCAACUAAGAAUGAUAAAGUUAGUGUUCUAGUUUGUGUUGUUCCUGCCAACACAGCAACAAUAUUGGAAGAUAAAGUAGUUCAGAAGAUACGGGACGUCAGAGAAGCAGCCAGUGAGUUAGGAAUCCCACAAAUUGCUGUUCUCACCAAAAUCGAUGAAGCCUGCCCUGAAGUCAACAAAGACCUGAAGAAUGUCUACAAGAGCAAGUACAUCAAAAAGCAGAUGGAAAUAGUGAGUAUUUUGCUGGGCAUUCCAAUGAACUGCAUCGUCCCGGUGAAGAACUACACUUCAGAAAUUGAAACGGAUGAUGCGAUGGACACAGUGAUACUGAGUGCAUUGAGAAAGAUCAUUGACUACGGAGAAGACUUCUUGAAUGACAACCCACUUGAUCCUCCCACUCCUCCACCAUCUCCUACUUUGCGGGAACCAUGGAGAAAGAUCAAGUUUGGAAUACAUUUGCAUACUUUGACCAAAUCAACCUUCUUUCUGACCAGUGAUAAAGCCCAGCAUGAAUUUGUUCAGAAUUAUCAGCCUGAAAAAGAAGGCCAACAUCUCAGAGUUCUGCUGAUUGGACCACCAGGCUCUGGGAAAUCCAGUUUCAUCAACUCUGUUGACAGCGCUCUGCGAGGCAAAAUCACAACUCGAGCACUGGCAGCCACUGUCUAUGAUGGCAGCUUUACCAAACAGUACAAAAGUUAUAAAAUCCCCAAAGAAGGUCCUGGAACCUUUUAUCCCUUCAUCUUCAGUGACACCAUGGGCAUUGAGAAGAGCAUCAGGGGAGGGGUACAUAUCGAAGACAUCAAACUGAUUUUGAAAGGAAACGUCAAAGAAGGAUACAAGUUUAUCCAGUUCAACCCUGACAGUUCCCUGUCUGAGAGUAACCCCUUCUACAACAGUAAACCAACUAUGAAUGAUAAAGUUAGUGUUCUGGUUUGUGUUGUUGCUGUCGACACACCAACAAUGUUGGAUGACACAAUAGUUCAGCAGAUACGGGACGUCAGAGAAGCAGCCAGCGAUUUAGGAAUCCCACUUAUAGCAGUCCUCACCAAAGUUGAAGCCUGUCCUGAAGUCAAAAAAGAUCUAAAGAAAGUCUGCCAGAGCAAGUACAUUGAAAAACAGAUGGAAAUAGUGAGUAUUUUGCUGGGCAUUCCAAUGAACUGCAUCGUCCCGGUGAAGAACUACACUUCAGAAAUUGAAACGGAUGAUGCGAUGGACACAGUGAUUCUGAGUGCAUUGAGAAAGAUCAUUGACUACGGAGAAGACUUCUUGAAUGACAACCCACUUGAUCCUCCCACUCCUCCACCAUCUCCUACUUUGCGGGAACCAUGGAGAAAGAUCAAGUUUGGAAUACAUUUGCAUACUUUGACCAAAUCAACCUUCUUUCUGACCAGUGAUAAAGCCCAGCAUGAAUUUGUUCAGAAUUAUCAGCCUGAAAAAGAAGGCCAACAUCUCAGAGUUCUGCUGAUUGGACCACCAGGCUCUGGGAAAUCCAGUUUCAUCAACUCUGUUGAAAGCGCUCUGCGAGGGAAAAUCACAACUCGAGCAUUGGCAGCCACUGUCUAUGAUGGCAGCUUUACCAAACAGUACAAAAGUCAUAACAUCCGGAAAGGAAAGCGUGGAACCUUUUAUCCCUUCAUCUUGAGUGACACCAUGGGCAUUGAGAAGAGCAUCAGGGGAGGGGUACAUAUCAAAGACAUCAAACUGAUCUUGAUGGGAAAUGUCAAAGAAGGAUAUAAGUUCAACCCUGUUUCUCCCCUGUCUGAGAGUGACCCCCUCUACAACGGUACACCAACUAUGAAUGAUAAAGUUAGUGUUCUGGUUUGUCUUGUUCCUGCCAACACACCAACAAUAAUGGAUGAUGAAGUAGUCGAGAAAAUACGGGACGUCAGAGAAGCAGCCAGUGAGUUGGAUAUCCCACAAAUUGCUGUUCUCACCAAAAUCGAUGAAGCCUGUCCUGAAGUCAACAAAGACCUGAAGAAUGUCUACAAGAGCAAGCACAUCAAACAGCAGAUGGAAGCAGUGAGUGCUGUGCUGGGAAUUCCACUGAACUGCAUCUUCCCAGUGAAGAACUACAGCUCAGAAUUCGAAACAGAUGUUGAGACGGAUUCACUGAUACUGAGCGCAAUGAGAAAGAUCAUUGACUACGGAGAUGACUUCCUGAAUGACCAGCCUGCCCCAGAUGAUGAUCAAAUUUUACUCUGGUAAAAUGGUAAUCACAGCAUGAAACAUGAUUGAAAACAGUGAUUAUAAAAACUUUGAAAUUUCACACCUGAAAACGGAACUAAAAUGUUAUCAAUGUCAGUAUCAAAGUUUCUGUAUGAAUGUUCGUGAAUGAAGAUAAACAGGCAGUAUAGUGUGAGCUUUCAGUUCUUCAGAGGUCAGACCAAAACACUAAGAUUUGUUCACUGCCCUUUUUAUAACUUUGUUGUCUUUGUGGGGAGGUUUCUUUGGAUGUGUUUGUUUGGUUAUGAAUUAAAAUUUCUCUCCAGAUAUAAGACAGAUUGUUAUAGCUGCACAAGUGAAUUUCAGUUCAUCUAAAAUUGAUGAGACUUUUGAGUAGCCAUGAUUUGUCAUGUUUGAGGAAUCAGUAAUGAUGCUGAUUUUUGAGUCAAAUGCAGAGUCUUACUGUUGAAUUGUUCAUAUAAAUAUUUAUUCAGAGAAAAUGUUAGUGAUUAUUAAAGGGACUUAAGGCAACUUUACAAAAUUUACCUCAGUGCUGCUGCGAUAGGUGCUGUGGGUAACUGCAGCCACCAGCUGAGGCGGCACGGGAGCGUGCACAAACACUUCCGGUGCGCGUCAAGCCCUAGCGUAGGCACUGCGUACACGCUACGUACACGGCAUAGGAACAGCGUCGCUGCGACGGGGAAGCAUACUGAGGCUUUUACAGACUGUACGUCUUCACCGCACUGAACCAGGGAUGCAGUGUUUGAGUCCGUGUCCACAGCGGCCAUGUUCUUCCUAUUCAGCAAUGCACAUAUAGCGUCAAUUUACGUCACUUCCUCACGAUUGCGGGGAAAUUCGAACCCCGAACGGCACCAAAAUUAUUUGGCCCAAGUUAAGGCAACAGACAGAUACGCAGAUUUGCCUGUUAUAUUAAAUUUUUAAUGCUUCAUGGCACAUUAGCACUGAAUAAACUGAAAAGGCAUGUGUAGUUUUUCACAAAUCUUGCCUUAAGUCCCUUUAAGUUGAUUGAAUAAUUGUUGAAUGCCAAGACUUCCUGUUUCUGUUAAAAAUAAAAGUCUUUAUAUAAUAAAAGUUUUGAAAU